AUGUUCUUCUUUAAGGAUCUUUCGCUUAGUAUCACUUUACAUCCUUCCUUUUUCGGACCGCAGAUGAAGCAGUAUUUGCGAACCAAGCUACUGCAGGAAGUCGAGGGUACAUGUACAGGUAAGUUUGGGUAUAUUUUGUGUGUCCUUGACUGUGAAAAUGUCGAGAUUGAGAGAGGUAGAAUUCUGCCGAGCGACGGUUCAGCGGAAUUUACCGUGAAAUAUCGCGCUGUCGUAUGGAAACCUUUUAAAGGCGAGGUCGUGGACGGCGUCGUGUCGAGCUGUACAAACCUUGGAUUUGAAGUCGAGGUUGGACCAUUGUCGGUUUUUGUGUCGCCAUUUUUGAUGCCUGAAGAUCUAACGUACAACAGUGGAUCGAAUCCGCCAUCAUAUCAAAGUUCUGAGCAAAUCAUCACGAAAGGGUCCAGAGUUCGUCUCAAAAUCGUCGGUGCCCGUAGCGAGGUCAAUUCUAUCUAUGCUAUUGGCAGUAUCAAAGAAGACUACUUGGGGGUGAUCUGA